AUGUCUUUAGGCCCCUCCGAAGGCUCCCUGUCACUGAGCUGGCAUGUCUGUUUCACCCGCCACCCCCACCCCGAGGUCUCCAUCUCUGGCUAUGACGGCAACUGGCACCUCGGCCGAAGUGAGGCCACUCGGAACUGUGAUGUCCACAGCAACCCGGAGCCCACAGGCUAUGGCUGGAGCACAGAACCACGGCACUGCUUUACGGCCUCCCCGAAACUCCCCGCAGCCUCAGUCCUGGCCCUCUGGCUCCCCCAAGGCUCCUGGGCGGCCCUCCGCAUCCAGAAGAUUCCAGAGCAACCUCAAAAGAACCAGGACGUGCUCCUGUCUGUCCAGGGCAUCCCAGACACCUUCCAAGACUUCAUCUGGUACCUGGGGAAGGAGACAGAUGGAGGCACAAGGCUGUUCACCUACAUCCCUGAUAUACAGCGGCCCCAGAGAGAUGGCAGCGCCAUGGAGCAACGCGACAUCGUGGGCUUCCCCAAUGGCUCCAUGCUGCUGCGUGACGCCCAGCCCAGAGACAGCGGCACCUACCACGUGGAGGUCCACAUCAACCCUUCGUGGACCAUGCGGGCCAAGACUGAGGUCCAGGUGCCCGAAAAUUUUACGGAGCUGCCCGUUACACCCCUGCCCGUGAGCACCGGGAUCGUGGCCGCCAUCCUCAUCGGAUCUCUUGCCGCCGCAUCCCUCCUCGUCGGCAGCAUUGCCUACCUCCUGGUGACAAGAGGCUGGAGGGGCCAGAGGCACAGGAUGGCGACCACGGGGAAACCGGAGCUGGGCCCCAAUCACAACACUGGUGACAACAUCUAUGAGGCCAUGCGGUCUCUGGGACUCCUGGCGUCCCCGCUCUGCGACACGGGGUCCCGGAGCGCCACCACGGAUCUGCUGAACACCGACCCUGCCCCACACUGCCAGCUGGUGCCAACCCCCUGA